AUGCGUUUUGGAAAUUUGCAAGUCCCUGAGCAGAAACACUUGCAACCUUUAAACGGUCGAUCACACUUACUGACUAAUAAAAAGGUGUUCCCCAGCACAACAUCGGACAGUUAUAACAUGAUCCUGUAUCCAUGCCUGUCUCUCAACCGCAAGGUUCUUGACAAUACUCAGCACGAAACGCAGAAGGGCGUUGUAUACACGGCUGUUGACGACUUGGAAAAUCAAACUGCCAUCUUAGACCCUAUGCCCCAAAGAGCGCAGCUAUCAACAUGA